UGGUGGUGCGCUGUCCAGCAUUUCAGCAAUCGGCGGCGGCGGCGGCGGCGCCCGCGGGGAGACCGAGGACGCCGGGCCUUGGGAGCCGCGGAGCUGCCCUGCUGAGCCGAGCAGAGGAGGCGGCCCGGAGUCGGCUAGGACAAGAGGGGCCAGAGGGCCUGGCUCGAGCGUCCGGCGGAGUGCGGCGGUCAGCGGGGAGGGCCGAGACCAGCGGCUCUGAGGCCAGCCGCUAUGUCGUCCACAGCUAUGUCCUCCACCGUUAACAACGGGGCGGCCAGCAUGCCGUCCCCGCCCGACGCUGCAAACGGCUUCCCGCAGCCCGGCGCCUCCUCCGCGAACUGGCCGCGGGCGGAAGAGGAGCUGCGCGCCGCGGAGCCUGGCCUGGUGAAGCGCGCGCACCGCGAGAUCCUGGACCAUGAGCGCAAGCGGCGCGUGGAGCUCAAGUGCAUGGAACUGCAGGAGAUGAUGGAGGAGCAGGGGUACUCUGAGGAGGAGACCCGGCAGAAGGUCAGGACUUUCCGGCAGAUGCUGAUGGAGAAGGAGGGAAUGCUUACCAGGGAGGACCGGCCUGGAGGCCACAUCGUGGCGGAGACCCCGCGGCUGCCCGAGGGCGCCGAGCCGGGCCUGGAGUACGCGCCCUUUGACGAGGAAGACAGCCCGGUGGACUGCGAAUGCCCGGCCGCCUGCUACCGCGGGCACCGGGGGUACAGGACCAAGCACUGGUCCAGCAGCUCCACGUCGCCCCCUCCCAAGAAGAAGAAGAAAAAGAAAGGCGGCCACCGGAGGAGCCGCAAAAAGAGAAGACUAGACUCCGAGUGCAGCUGUGGGAGCUCCUCACCCCUGCGAAAGAAGAAAAAGAGUGUGAAGAAGCACCGCAGAGACAGGUCUGAUUCUGGGUCCAGGAGGAAGAGACGGCACAGAUCACGAAGCUCCAAGAGCAAAAGAAAAGAGAAGAACAAAGAGAGGAAGAGGCUACAUGCCACCGAGUCCCCAGGCCGGAGGUCCCAUCACCACAGCAGCGGCAGCUCCCACAGCCCCUCGCUCUCCUCCCAGGACAGUGAUUCCAGAUCACCCAGCAGGCUGAGCCCCAAGCACAGAGACGACCGGCGGAAGACGGGCAGCCAGCGGUCCAGCGGGAGCCGGUCGCCUUCCCCGUCGGGCGGCAGCGGAUGGGGAUCGCCCCAGCAGAACGGCGGCAGCAGGCAGCGGAGCGGAGCUCACGGGGGCCGCCCAGGUUCGGCGCACAGCCCGCCCGAUAAGCCCAGCUCGCCCUCACCCAGGGCCGGCGACCAGGCGGUGGCCGGCGCAGCCACGCCGCCCGCGCGGGAGAAGGAGAGCCCGAGCCCGCGCUCGGCGCCGUCGUCGCAGGGCAGAGGAGGCCGCGCGGCGGGCGGGCCGGCCAGGCGGCGGCGGCGACGGCGGCGGCGGCGGCGACGCUCGCGGUCCCCGGCGUCCGUGCCCCGCCGCAGGGGCCGCCGGCGCGCCCGGCCCGCGCCGCCCCGGGGCUCGUCGCGGUCGCUCAGCAGGGCCGGGUCCAGCAGCGACUCUGGCGGCGGCGGCGCCCCCGGCCCCGGGCCUGAGCCGGGCUCCGAGCGAGGCCACAGCGGGCACGGGAAACGGGCCAAGGAGCGGCCCCCGCGCGCCCGGCCGGCCAGUACCUCCCCGUCCCCGGGCGCGCACGGCCGGCCCGGCGGCCCGGAAGGGAAGAGCUCGUCGCGUAGCCCGGGCCCCGACCCGCGCUCUUGGAGCUCCAGCCGCUCGCCCUCCAAAUCCCGCUCGCGCUCAGCGGAGAAGAGGGCCCGCAGCCCCAGCCGCUCGCCGUCGCCCAAGAAACCCGUGGGCCGGGACAAGGACGUCGAGGGCCGCGCGAGGCACACAGAGGCCGAGGCCGCUCGCGCGAGGCGCCGCUCCCGCAGCUACUCACCCAUCCGCAAGCGACGCCGGGACUCGCCCAGCUUCAUGGAACCGCGGCGCAUCACCAGGUCCAGCCUGCUGAGUGGCCUGUGGCCAGCCUGGGGGCCAAGUGGACCCCCUCUCCACAGGCUGCAGGGAGAUGUCCAUUGCCCGAAAGCGGCCCAUCCCCUACUACCGGCCCAGCCCCUCAUCCUCCUCCAGCUGCCUGAGCAGCAGUGACUACUCAAGCCGGAGCCCCAGCCGCAGCCCCAGCCCAGGCCACAGCCAUGGAAGCUACAGCAGCCGCAGUCGUGGGACCCGCAGCCGCACGUGCAGCCCCUCCCGGACCCCCAGUCCCAGCUACCACAGCCGGAGCAGUUCAGAAAGUGGGGGCUUCUGAGACCAGACAGACCCAGUUUAGUGCCCCCUGGCACAAUGAUAAGCGAGGGGUCAGGCCCCAGGACUCAUGGGGGGGUCUGCAUCCCACUGUUACAAAGAGGUCCCAGGGCCAGGGAAGACCUUGAGGUUGGGUUCCCUGCAGACGAGGAGGAGCUGGGUUCUGCUGCUUCUAGAGGGUUCCCACCCCCACCUCCUGCCAGCCCACUGUGUCCAGGGAACAAAGAGCCUUUUCGAACACAGGGAUCACCCUCCCCCCUUCCUGCUUGAUGCCAGCUCACCAGGCUGGGGACUUCAGCUCAGUGGACCCAGAGACAUCUCAGAAGGUGCCAGUCCUGGGAGCCUCCCUAACCACUCUGCAGGGCCCUUGGCUCUUCUCUAUCACUGGGCGGACAAAGAGGUGGAACAGUAAGCAGGAUCUAAGUUAGACUGAAUGGCCUAACUCUUGGUGCGCUACCAUCCAGGCUACGGAACUACUUCCUUCUGAGCUGGCUGCAGGAGGACCCUGGCUGAGGGCUGGAGGCUGGCCCCACAGCCUCCCUAAAUCCCUCCCCUGGCCCAGGAGUGCCACACUAGGAGGGCCUCUAAGCCCCAGCCUCGGGUCGGGUCGGGGGAGCUCACUUUUGAUCCCAUCUCUUCUCUCCAGGCCAGGCUCUCCCCUCCAGCCCUCACCCCAUGCCCUGAGCCAAGACCACACCAGCCAGGCCGUCUGUAUGAUAAGAGGUGGGACACAGACUACAACUGCAUCUGACCCUGAGAUUAAAAGGGGUUCAGCUCAGGAGGUAGAAGAGAGUAGGGGUGGAUAAAGGGGGAGCCUGUGAGAAGAGAGGAGAAGCAAUUCAGCCUGAUGAUCCAGCAGGCCCUGGUUGGUGUCCCUGCGUGCCCCUUGUCUGGGACAUGGGCCAGAUGGCAGCACAGGGUCACAGACAUAGAUAACACGUGCUUCAGGCCUGCCCAAGGGAGCACUUCCUCCUCAGGGUUUGGUGGCGAGAGGGCCAGCCAAGGCUCUCCAGAGAAGGGUGCUACAGCCCUUGGAAGAAAGGGUAGGAUCUAGUCUGAGGGCAUCAAUAGGAAACGGUAGCCCCAGCCCUCUUCUGCUGCUCCCAGCCCCCUCCUCCUGGGGCCCUCAGGGAUCUCACAAGUCUUCCUUGGCCCAAUAGGGCAGACGCCCUGGGCUCCGGUGGGGGAGGGGUCUGGGGUCUGGUCCGGGUUCCCCCUCUCUCUCUUUCCCCCUCCCUCUCUCCGCAGUGCGGGUAAAACUUGGACUCUAAUAAAACACUCGGUGCCCGGAUGGCAGGUGGUGAAACCAGGCCUCUGUGGAUUUGGGU